UGAGCUUGAGCUGUUGAUCAGAGCGGAUGAAGGUGGGACCGCCGACCGAAAAGAAGUAUAUUGGAAAAUGUGAAAGUGACGAGACAGCUUUUACCUGUUUUAUUUGAUCAGGACCAGGAUGUAAAGAGAAGGUGUUGAUUUAUUGAGAUAUCUCAAGACAAGUAGUUUUGCACUUGCUAAUCGGUGUUGAGGUGUCGAAGCCCCACAUUGAGAGGGGCUAGCUGGCUGAUAUGAUUGAUUCACCGGAAGAAGCCACCAUGUCUUAAACCGUGUCCCGCCCGCGGAAAACCUGUCCCCCCACCCCGGACCCCCACCCCCCUCCCCCGUCCACCCCCCUCUCCCCCUCCCAGGCCUGGCCCUCCCUGUCCAUGUGAGAGGCGUGGCCGGUUCCCCUCUACCCCUCUCUGGAGGAGACAUGAGUCUCAAGAAGCCCCAGAUGGGUUCGGACAGGGACCUCCAGUCCACCGCCUCCUCCAUCAGCCUGCCCUCGGUCAAGAAGACCCCCAAGAAGAGGCGCCUGUCCCUGGCCGCCUUCUUCCGACGGCGCCGGGAGCCCAAGCGCAAGUCCCGCGAGCUCCACGUCGGGCUGGGAGGGGUGGACGGCAUCGCCAGCAUAGAGAGCAUCCACUCCGAGAUGUGCAACGACAAGAACUCCGCCUUCUCCGUGGCGGGGGCGGCCUCCACCUCCUCGGGGGGCUCCUCCGCCGCCGCCGGCCCCUCCUCCCCUCCCUCCUUGGGGCUGCUGGAGUGCCCCCUGUGCCUUCUGCGUCACUCCAGGGACUGCUUCCCGGACAUCAUGACGUGCCACCACCGCUCGUGCGCCGACUGCCUGCGCCAGUACCUGCGCAUCGAGAUCUCCGAAAGCCGCGUCAACAUCUGCUGCCCCGAGUGCUCGGAGCGCUUCAACCCCCACGACAUCCGUAUGAUCCUGGCCGACCACGCCCUCAUGGAGAAGUACGAGGAGUUCAUGCUGCGCCGCUGGCUGGUGGCCGACCCCGACUGCCGCUGGUGCCCCGCCCCGGACUGCGGGUAUGCGGUGAUCGCCUUCGGCUGCGCCAGCUGCCCCAAGCUGACGUGCGGGCGGGAGGGCUGCGGCACCGAGUUCUGCUACCACUGCAAGCAGCUGUGGCACCCCAACCAGACGUGCGACGCGGCGCGCCAGCAGCGGGCGCAGAGCCUGCGGCUGAGGACGGCUCGCUCCUCCUCCCUCAGCUACAGCCAGGAGAGCGGCGCCGCAGCUGAUGACAUCAAGCCCUGUCCGCGCUGCGCCGCGUACAUCAUCAAGAUGAACGACGGCAGCUGCAAUCACAUGACCUGCGCCGUCUGCGGCUGUGAGUUCUGCUGGCUCUGCAUGAAGGAGAUCUCGGAUCUGCACUACCUGAGUCCGUCAGGGUGUACCUUCUGGGGCAAGAAGCCGUGGAGCCGGAAGAAGAAGAUCCUGUGGCAGCUGGGCACGCUGGUGGGCGCCCCCGUGGGCAUCGCCCUCAUCGCAGGCAUCGCCAUCCCCGCCAUGAUCAUCGGCAUCCCGGUGUACGUGGGCCGCAAGAUCCAUAACCGCUACGAGGGUAAGGAUAUCUCCAACCACAAGAGGAACCUGGUGAUCGCCGGGGGCGUGACCCUGUCAGUCAUCGUGUCUCCAGUGGUGGCAGCCGUCACCGUGGGCGUGGGCGUGCCCAUCAUGCUGGCGUACGUGUACGGGGUGGUGCCCAUCUCCCUGUGCCGCAGCGGGGGGUGCGGCGUGUCGGCGGGCAACGGCAAGGGCGUGAGGAUCGAGUUUGACGACGAGAACGACAUGAACGCCGGCAGCGGGGCGGCGGCCACAGACUCCACCUCCGUGGUGGACUCCAGGAACAACCCCAGCCUGGGAGAGGGCAGCGUGUGCGGCCUGACGGGCAGCCUCAGCGCCAGCGGCAGUCACAUGGAGCGCCUGGGCACCAUGAGGGACAACCUGAGUGAGAACGCCAGCACCAUGGCCCUGGCCGGGGCCAGCAUCACGGGCAGCCUGUCAGGCAGCGCCAUGGUCAACUACCUGCACAGGCUGGAGGUGCAGGCGGACGUCCAGAAGGAGCGCUGCAGCCUCAGCGGGGAGUCGGCCACCGUCAGCCUGGGGACCAUCAGCGACAACGCCAGCACCAAAGCCAUGGCUGGCUCCAUCCUGAACUACCUGCCCCUGGACAGGGACGGCACCAGUAUGGAGGUCCAGGUGGACAUCGAGUCCAAGCCCGUCAAGCUCCGGCACCACAGCGGCAGCAGCAGCCUGGAGGACGCGGGCAGCAACGCGGGCCGCUGCUCGGGCUGGAGCUGCCCCCCCGGCUGCCCGGCCGCCGAGGGCAGGGCCCCCCCCUCCGCCUCCUCCACCCCGGCAGCCCGCAGCUCCAAGGAGCCCUGCGCCUCGGGGAAGAAGAGCAAGGGCAAGCUGAGGAGGAGGAGCGGGGGAGGGGGAGGAGCUGGAGGAGGAGGAGGAGGCACCAAGAUCAACGAGACCAGGGAGGACAUGGACGCCCAGCUGCUGGAGCAGCGCAGCAGCAGCUCCGAGCUGGAGUCACCCUCCCUCAGCGGCAGCCUGCCCUCCGUGGCCGACUCCCACUCGUCGCAGCUGUCCGAGUUCAGCUGCUGCGACCUGGAGAGCGCUAAGACCUCCUGCGGCCACGCCUCCAGCGGCGGCGGCGACUACCACGCCCGCUUCGCCGCCGUCAGCCCCCUGACCGAGGUGGAGAACGACCGGCUGGAGAGCUGCCCCGCCCGGCACCGCCGCUCCCCCGGCCCAUUCCCGCCCCACUCCCCGGCCUCCUCGGCGGCGUCCCCGCCGCCCCUCGCCGGCCCGGACACGACGUCCUCGCCCUGCUGCCGGACGGAGGACACCGUGAGCCUGGUGGGUCCCGCCGAGACGGACUCCUGCUCGGACGAGCUGCUGAAGGAGCCCAACAACAACAGCAGCAGCAGCCAGGCCCCGUCCACAUGCGGCGGCGGCAUCAAGAACCCCUGCAUCCAGACUGAGAUCUAACACCCACAAAGUGCUGCUCCGCGGACUAUCCACGUCAGUCUCCCACUUGUCCCCCCCCCCCCCCCCCCCCCCCCCCCCCCCCCCGCCCACUAACCGAGCGGCCCCACCACAGCUUCCACCUGGCGUCUUGGGGCCUCAUCCCGGAGGGGAGAUGGCUAACAUAGUGUUUGUCAGCGAGCUGACGUCGUCUGUGUCCGAUGACAGGGACUGUCGAUGUGUUCUGUGUGAAAGCAGAGAGUAUCCUCCUUGCAGACGUGCCUGUGUUGAUGGUAGGAUGAUGAAUGCAGGUGUUUCCUCCCAAGAGCUCACAUUCCCACACCUUCAACUCUUUUGUAUUCAUCCAGCUGGCUACAGUCCUCUAUGAACCUACGUGGGUGAAGAAAACCACUGUGCCACAACUACAUUACCCAUAGUUCACUCGGGCUCUUCAGUGAGGAUACAGCACCAUGCAGGAGUCCUAAACUCUUAAAAAUUCUGUGGAACUUGAUAGGGACCAGGCAAUAUUGUUCUUUUUAUUUGUUUUGUUUUUUUGCCCAAAUGAAAUUUCUAAAUCGUCGGCCAGUUAAAAUGUUUGUUUAAUUUCUGGAUGUUUGGAAAGGAACCUGUUGGUCUACAGAAGUCUUGGUUGUAUUACAUGGAUCUAUAAGGUAUUCUGUGGGAGUGUAGGAGAAUUCUCCUGGGGGGAUUGGUCCCCAGUCUGAAAGGAAGGGGGGGGGGUGGAGGUGUGUGUAGCUGACCAGUGCUGGGAGCUGCCCUCACGUCCCGCUAGAAAGACUCGUCUCCAGGACGACGCUAUGUGGGGGGAGGGGAGAUGGGUCAUGUUGAGUUAUUUUGAUAACCAAUGAGGUUGGUCAAUUCUGUGAAAUUGGUUAAAAGUUUUUGUCUUUUUUUUUUGUCUUUGACGUUCGGUUCUGGAGACGUUGAGUUCAGUUGGAGGGAUCUGACUGCUGAAUCCAACCAGAACUUUGAUAUCUGUGUUAACUCAUGGUGCCUUUGGGGAAAAAGAAGCUGUUUCAGUCAGUGUCCGUCGGUGUCUUCAAGACUUCAAGCUAAUGAUUUCAGAAUGUCUGUGUGUCCGUGGCAGGUGUUCGCUCGUACACUGUGGUCGACAUGAUGAAUCCAUACUUUUUCAAUUGCCUACCAAAGACAGCACUCAGGCUCUUGUUAACGUAAAUCCUGUCAACCCGUUGAUGUCCGACCGCCAUCUUGAGACUCAAUAAUGGUGCAUCGUCGCCCCUCCCUGUGAGGGGGGGGGGGACGGGGGGGGGGAACACCCAGGAAUCCACAGACUGCUGUUUUUGUACAUGCUUUAUUACAAAUGCUACGCAAUGAACCGAGGGCCCAGAGAGGGCCUAGGCACCUGCACUGUUAACCUCUGGAUUCCAUGGAUGAUCGUACUGCAAUGCAGGGGGAGCGGGGAUGCACACGGCUCGCGUUCCCUGUCCUCCUCUGUGUUUCCCACGUCUGUCCUGUCGUCGUUCAGUGCUGCUGUGUGGUGGGUUGCGGUCCGGAGGCCAGGGCCACAGGGCCGUGCUUUACGGGGACGGGGCCACGCUCUGCAGUGACGGGGCCACGCUCUGCAGUGAUGGGGCCCCGCUCUGCAGUGAUGGGGCCUCGCUCUGCAGUGAUGGGGCCACGCUCUGCAGUGACGGGGCCUCGCUCUGCAGUGACGGGGCCUCGCUCUGCAGUGACGGGGCCACGCUCUGCAGUGACGGGGCCACGCUCUGCAGUGACGGGGCCUCGCUCUGCAGUGACGGAGCCACGCUCUGCAGUGACGGGGCCACGCUCUGCAGUGACGGGGCCACGCUCUGCAGUGACGGGGCCACGCUCUGCAGUGACGGGGCCACGCUCUGCAGUGACGGGGCCUCGCUCUGCAGUGACGGGGCCUCGCUCUGCAGUGACGGGCCACGCUCUGCAGUGACGGGGCCACGCUCUGCAGUCGUCCUUCACCUCGGGGUGUUGUCGUUUUAUGGUUUCUGCUUUGGUUUUGUUGUCGAGGUUCUUCUCCACCAAGCCCAGUUUCUGUACUCCCACUUUGAACACUAGUGCCAGGCAUACAUUUGUAAUUUGUGCAGAAACAACAUUAAAGUAUUUGUAUAUUUGUUUGCUAAUUUGCUUUACAAUAUGCGUGUAAAUGCAUAUCGGAAAUAAAAAAAUUAGCUAUA